AUGUCAUCAUUCUCUGAACCGCUCUGGAUCACACGGGGCGCCAGUCCUUAUUACCAAGCGAGUCACUAUCGUCUGCAGUCCGAAGUUGAACAAUAUGUGAGGGAACAUAUCUCGCCCUUCUGCCAUGAGUGGGAGGCCAGCGGUCGCAUUCCUGACGAUGUCAUGGUACGCCAUGCACGUCUUGGUUAUACCGCUGUAUCGAUUUACCCAUUAGCUGCAGAACAUCUCGGCAGCCAGAGAUUACCAGCGGACAUUAGUCCUCAAGAAUGGGAUGGCUUCCAUGACCUCAUCUUGAUCGACGGCAUCGCCCGUUGCGGGUAUCUAGGAGUCAUCUGGGGCCUGAGCUGUGGCAACUCCAUCGGUGCACCCCCUCUAGUGAACUUUGGAAAUGCAGAGCAAAAGCGCAGAUUCCUACCAGGUAUCCUGAAUGGAACGACGAGAUUCUGCUUGGGUGUGACCGAGCCUGAAGCGGGGUCGGACGUGGCUGGCAUCGCCACCACAGCAGAGCGCCGGGGCAACCAUUAUAUUGUCAACGGGCUCAAGAAGUGGAUAACCAAUGGUAUCUUUGCCGAUUAUUGUACCGCUGCCGUGAGAACAGGGGGCUCAGGUUCCAAAGGGGUGUCGGCUCUCAUCAUCCCACUGAAAGCAAAGGGUGUGACCCUCAGAAAACUUGACAACUCUGGCGUCCAUGCAAGCGGGUCUACUUUUAUCGAGUUCGACGACGUAGAGGUACCUAUCGAGAAUCUGCUCGGAAACGAGAGCGAAGGGUUCAAGAUUAUCAUGUCCAAUUUCAACCAUGAGCGACUCUGGCUGGCUUGUACUUCGCUCCGCAUGGCCCGGGUUUGCGCCGAGGAUGCCUUGACGCACGCGAUGCUGCGCGAGACCUUUGGAAAGAAACUAAUUGAGAAUCAAGUCAUUCGCAGCAAAUUAGCCUUAUUUAGUCGCAGCAUCAAUUCAGCACACGCUUGGAUGGAGCAACUUGUGUACUUGAUUGAGCAAGCCAAGGUAACUGAGAAUGAUCCACUGAUCGCUGGACCUAUUGCUGCCCUGAAGGUGUUGGCCGCUCAGGUUCUCGAGAAAGUCAAUAGAGAGGCCCAACAGGUCUUGGGUGGCCUUGGCUACUCCAAAGAAGGACGGGGGGCUCGUAUCGAGCAGAUCAGCCGCGAUGUCAGAGUCAUGGCUGUCGGUGGUGGAAGCGAAGAAAUCCUUGUGGAUCUGGCCGUGGCUCAGGAGCUGAAGGCUAUACAACAACUACAGCCAAAGUCUCGCUUGUAA